UAGAUCUGUCGCGGAAUGGGAAACCGAGGCCCAAAUAAUUCCAAGAAGCUCCCCAUCGGAAAACGACGUUUCUUCACCUAUUUCACUGUUGUUGCAUCAACGGUACGUGCCUUGAACAAAGAAUCAGGCAUAAAAGCAGUUUGCAGAGAAGGGGAAAUUGAACAAACACUAAACGCUGGAACCAUGCCGCAUCUUUACUGGUAUCGGUUUGGGUUGCCGCUCGCAGCUCUCGCCAACAGUAGCGAGCAUGCAUCCCAUGGAGCUCUAUUUCCAAUCCGGCAAUACUUCCAUGAAUCACACCCUUUGCGACGUGCACCAUUGCUGCCAUUUGCUACUAGUGGCAAGCCAACCCAUUUCCCCUCCCUUCCCUUGCCCUCGAUCCCACAUAAGCCCCCCUUUUCUUCUCCUCGACACCACUCCAAAGCUUUCCUCGGCAAGUUGCUGAGAAGGUCAAAACAUCCGGAGAAAGAGAAGAUAGAGGGAAAAGAAAGUGCGAGAAAUGGAGAUGAUAGCUGCGAGAAGCUGCCAUCGGGCGUGCGGCGAGAGAUGCUGCCAAGGCAUGUGGCCGUGAUCAUGGACGGCAACUCCCGAUGGGCGAGGACGAAGGGACUGCCAACUUGGGCAGGGCAUGAGGCUGGUUACAGGUCCCUCCAGGAGAUGGUCAAGCUCUCUUGCCGAUGGGGGAUUCGGGUUCUUACCGUCUUUGCCUUCUCCUUUGAGAAUUGGCUCCGACCUAAGGUAGAGGUUGAUUUUCUGAUGGUGCUAAUUGAAGGUGCUCUCAAGGAGAACAUUAAGUAUUAUCUGAGCGAAGGUAUUCGGGUACGCAUAAUUGGUGAUUCCUCAAGACUCCCAAACUCUCUACAAAAGAUUGCCAAAGAGACACAGGAGAAGACAGAGACCAACUCACGGCUUGAAUUGAACAUUGCAGUAAGCUAUAGUGGAAGAAAGGACAUAACACAAGCAUGUCAAAAGAUUGCGUGGAAGGUGCAGCAUGGUUUGCUGGACUCAGCAGACAUCAGCGAGUCUCUAAUCGACCAAGAACUGGAAACGAAUCGUAGUAACGAAUUUCCUUGCCCUGAUCUACUUAUCAGAACUGGUGGUGAGCUGAGGUUGAGCAACUUCUUGCUGUGGCAGUCUGCUUACACUGAGCUUUUCUUUACAAAGACGCUGUGGCCUGACUUUGGAGAGCCUGAGUACAUUGAGGUUCUAUGCUCUUUCCAAGAAAGAGAGAGGCGCUUCGGCCAACGAAUCACCUAAGAACGAACACCAUAUUAUUUGGCCAACUAGAUCCCGAGUGAAGCUGUCAAUGGAUAUACUCAAUAAAUUCAGUCAGAUAUACAUUGCAAGUCCAAGUAAACCAUAUAUGUGUAACUUUUCACUAUGUCCUUGAUAGAGGGUGGAGGUGUUCAUGCCUCUCGUAAUGCUUUAUACAUGAGUGCCUUCUUUUCUGAAUUAAUCUGAUAAAUGAACUCAGCUUGCCUGCAUGCUUUUCUUGUACUGAAGCAUGGCGUGGAUUAAUUACAUUAUCUAAAUUGGCGCCCAAUUCUUUAGUGUUGAAAUGGUGUUCGAUCUCAGUAUUGUUGGGUA